UGUGCCUGGAGGUUUGUAGCGCCACCACCAUCGCUAUGGCAACCUGCGUUCCAGUUUCUGUAUUUUUCGCAUGACGUAAUGUCCUGGAGGACACAUCGAUUUCGUAAACUGAGAUGAUGGACAGGAGAAAAAGAAUUGCCCAGCAACAUCUGGGGCAACCUGGGCAGAACUCAUAAGCAAGAAAACAGAAAACUGAAAAUAGAAAUGGCCAUGCAUGGACUUCACAUGAAAGAACUUACGCAGGGGAGAAACCACGUAAAUGCAUUUCACCUCAGUAGACAUCAAAGAACACAUGCAGGGGAGAAAAUGUAUCCAUGUAUGGAAUGUGGAAAGAGCUUCAGUCAGAGUAGUAACCUUAGGUCACAUCAAAGAACUCACACUGGGGAGAAACCACAUAAAUGCAUGGAAUGUGGAAAGAGCUUUAGUAACAGUGGUGGCCUUAGAACACAUCAAAGAACUCAUACUGGGGAGAAACCGUACAAAUGCAUGAAAUGUGGAAAGAGCUUUAGUCAUAGCAGUACCCUGAGGGCACAUGAAAAAAUUCACACUGGGGAGAAGCCACAUAAAUGCAUGGAAUGUGGAAAGAGCUUUAUUCGCCGUGGUCACCUUAGAACACAUCAAAGAACUCAUACUGGGGAGAAACCGUACAAAUGCAUGAAAUGUGGACAGAGCUUUAGUCAUAGCAGUACCCUGAGGGCACAUGAAAAAAUUCACACUGGGGAGAAACCACAUAAAUGCAUGGAAUGUGGAAAGAGCUUUAGUCGCCGUGAUCACUUUAGAUCACAUCAAAGAACUCACACUGGGGAGAAAUCACAUAAAUGCAUGGAAUGUGGAAAGAGUUUUAGUAUGAGUGGUAGCCUUAGGUCACAUCAAAGAACUCACACUGGGGAGAAAUCACAUAAAUGCAUGGAAUGUGGAAAGAGUUUUAGUAUGAGUGGUAGCCUUAGGUCACAUCAAAGAACUCACACUGGGGAGAAACCAUAUAAAUGUAUAGAGUGUGGAAAAACCUUUAGUCACAGUGGUCAUCUUAAGUUACAUCAAAUAAUUCACACUGGGGAGAAACCACAUAAAUGCAUGGAAUGUGGAAAGAGUUUUAGUAUGAGUGGUUGCCUUAGGUCACAUCAAAAAACUCACACUGGGGAAAAACCGUACAAUUGCAUGAAAUGUGGAAAGAGCUUUAGUCACAGUGGUGACCUUAAGAAACAUGGAAGAACUCACACUGGGGAGAAACCACAAAAAUGCAUGGAAUGUGGAAAGAGCUUUAGUCAGAGUGGUAACCUUAGGUUACAUCAAAGGACCCACACUGGGGAGAGACCACAUAAAUGCAUGGAAUGUGGAAAGAGUUUUAGUAUGAGUGGUAGCCUUAGGUCACAUCAAAAAACUCACACUGGGGAAAAACCGUACAAUUGCAUGAAAUGUGGAAAGAGCUUUAGUCACAGUAGCACCCUUAGGUUGCAUCAAAGGACCCACACUGGGGAGAGACCACAUAAAUGCAUGGAAUGUGGAAAGAGUUUUAGUAUGAGUGGUAGCCUUAGGUCACAUCAAAAAACUCACACUGGGGAAAAACCGUACAAUUGCAUGAAAUGUGGAAAGAGCUUUAGUCACAGUAGCACCCUUAGGUUGCAUCAAAGGACCCACACUGGGGAGAGACCACAUAAAUGCAUGGAAUGUGGAAAGAGCUUUAGUCAGAGUGGUAACCUUAGGUUACAUCAUAGGACUCACACUGGGGAGAAACCAUAGAAAUGCAUGGAAUGUGGAAAGGGUUAUCCAGAGCUCCUGAUAAUGAAACAAGGCAUAAGAAGCUCAUUCAGAUACCGAAGCAAGAAGAUCUUAUUGGAAAAAUACAGGAAAUAGC